AUGUGUAGCCGCAGGAUAACUCUGAUAGUAAAAGAAAGAUUGGUCGGGGAAGGCCACUGUUGGAAGACUGUGCCCAAUGAAACUAAGGAGUUUUAUUGGCAGGAAUUCAAGAAAUACUUCAUAUGGGACCAAGCAAUUGACAGCUUGGUAAAAAUUGCAUGGCAGAAAAAGGCAGCUGAGCGAUACAGGGGCUUAAUGUGGGAAAUCAGGAAAGGGAAGACGAAAAAUCUUGCUACUCCUGAUUCUGUUUUGAGGAAGUGGCAGGAAAUUUGGAACACUUCUGAAUACAAAGAGAAGUGUGAGAAGUUUUCUGCCAAUAGGCGCAGUGAGGCUGAGGGUCAGGAUCUGGCAUUUCCAGGCACGCAUGCGAGGGAACGACUAGGCAGAGAACCACAUCCUCAUGAGCUUUUUGAGGCCACACAUAAGAGGAAGGGGACGGAGGAGUUCGUUGAUGCAAGGUCAAAAGCUAUUUAUAAUAAAUACGUACAAUUGAAGGAGGCUGCAACACAUCAACAGGAGGGAAGCAAUGAGCGGACGCCCAUAAAUGAGCCCCAACUGUACUACGAAGCGGUUGGCGGACAGAAAAAGAGUCGAGUUUAUGGGUUAGGGUCCCAGGCUUCAGCAUAUUUUCAUGAGCCAUCUCAUUAUUCUGCAUCAUACACGUCUGCACCCCCAGUGGAUCCUCCUACAAUUGAAACAAUGAACAUGAUGCAGAAUAUAAUUGAUCGGCUAGAGACAGAGAAUAGUCGAAUUACCACAAGGCUGGACGAGUUGCAGACGAUUAUGCAUAGGAUGAUGGCACAACAGGGUAUUGGGACAUCCACUCAGACAUCUGCUCCUACGGCACCUCCAGCUCCGUCUCCACAGCAGCGGCGUGAUGAUGCCCCUGUCAUUGGUGAUCAUCAUACAGAUAGUGAUGAUGAUACAGAUGAUGAGCUAGCUAGUUUAGUUUAG